AUGCGGGCCGUAUUAAGCCUUCUAUUCAUUAUGACGACGCUGUCCGUCGCAAAACGGCUCCCUGAAAUCUACUGGAACUCCACCAAUCCCUUGUCAGUUUACGUUUUUUUUUGAGUUGAAGUUUUUCUAUCGAUUUUUGGAUUUUACUGUGGUUCAGUUUAUUUUUGUUCAAAAUAUUCAGAACUGGAAUAGUGAACUUUUUAGUUUUUAUUUUUUUUUUUCUCUGAAAAGUUUUGGACUUUUUUCGCUGGAUUUUUUUAGACUUGAUUUUUCUUCGACCAAUUAUUACAUGUUUUUCUUCUUCUUGGUUUUUUUUUACGAAACGAUGCUUAUUUUUGUGAAUAUUUGAUGUAUAUCUGAGUUUUAAAGAAGUUAAGAACUUUUUUUUAGUAGAUUUCGAUGAUAUUCGUUCACUAUUAAUAGUUGAAAAAAGGAUACGAUAUUGGCCUUUUUUCCUAUCCUAGCUCUUAAGGUCGGUUUUACAAGUUUUCUUUCAAAAAGAAGCUGGCAGAUAGAAUGAUUCUGCUUGAGCUACACAGAACUUUCGGUUAUUGCACUUUUUGGUAGUUCGACGCUCAAUUAGCAUUGGGGCGAUAAUUGGUGCUGGAGCGAACGUUUUUAUUGGCACCCUCGAAUAGACUGUUUUGUAUUUGGCGCACAAUGGCACCGAAUCCACCACAGCCCAUGUACAGUCAAUCAUUUCGUGACGAUUUGCUUAAGCGGUAUCCUUUUUUGGGGCGGUUAAUUAGAAAGACAUGUGUGUGUCUGUGUGAUCGGGACACUGUACAAAUAGGGCAGAAGCUUUUCUCAUCGGACUAUGGAGGGAAAAUCGGCUGUACCUCCUGUCCGCAACGGAUUUGGAUGGGAACCUCCUGAUGUAUUAUCCGUCGGGUCAUGUGUUUGAGAAGAAGAAGCCGGCCUCUUUCUCGACAGAUGCAACGGAUUACUGUUUUUGGAUUAUUGCCAUGGUUUCGUCGGGAUAAUCAUCAUCCAGUGAUUUAUAAAAAAUCUAUUUUUUGGCCUAGUAUUCACGAGAAGAUGGGUUGCUUAAGUUUUUAAAAGGAAGUUUCAAGACCAAAAGUUGAAAGUUACACUAAAUCAAAUAUAUUCGUGUCCAGUCUUGAUCGAAUAAUUACAAAUAAUUUGGUAAUUUGAAAUCCAUUUCAUUUCUAGUUUUCACAAAGAUGUUUUUGUUCAGAUGUUAAUUAAAAUUUUUUCAGUCUUUUUUUCCUUUUUCCUUGUGAGGAAUGACUGAUCAAAUAUUUGAUUUCAGCGGCAUUGCCCCUUGAGUUUUUGCUCGCCGCCGCUCCUACAUACUUGAUCUUCCCGAAUACCAUUUUACUGCCCAAUUUUGGUCAUCAAACGUUUAUCAGAGACAAAAAUGAGUUUUCAAGGCCGCCAGAAGGGCCGGAAAACGCAUGGCGCUCCUUUUUCCGGAAGCGAGAAGAUUGUGUCAAGAGGCCUAAUCGCUGGGCGCGUGGCACGCAACCAUGGCCGUAUUUCAGCCGAUGUUUGAAGGUUUUAUGGUUUUCAAACUUUCUGAGAGGAUCGUCCUUGCCGUCGGCGUAUCCGGUGUCGACUUGGCGGCGCCUCCGCUUUCGCCAUAAUCCUCGCCGGAUUUGUGAAACUGGACUCACUGUGAACGGUUCUUGAAGAUUUUGGAACAGUUUUGAAUGCGGGUUCAUUUUUCUUGCAUUCACGAUUAAAUAUUAAACGCAAACUGUUUUAAAACAAGUUUUUCUUCAAGAAUCUUAGAUAAGAUAUGAUAUUCAAGUCUCAUAGGCUAAUUCAAAAAAAAAUUUUAUCAUUUUUUUUUCCUGAGGUAUGAUAUUUUUAUACCUUUUCUAAUAUCGUCUAAUGUUCCAAUGAGUUUUUGCGCGGGAAGAAUGAAUCAGAGCUGCCCUCGCUGCCAAUAUAUGCUAAUUUCGGCAGCUGUUCUUCGGGUCGCGUUGUUUUGUUUUGUUUUGCUUGGCCUGAUGAUAUAGGCAGCAGCAGUAGAAGCACAUAUUGCCAAAGGUCUUGGGAGCAUAUCAUAAACACAUCAAGCUCGUGAGGGACGAGAUGGAAGACGUUGGCUCAUCUGCCUCAAACGCGACGGACAGUUUCUCCAGCUCACCCAUAUGUUUGGGGAGAUCGACUUACCACUUGAGGACGCGCACACAAGAAUGUACUUUAGCGAGAGAAUAUCUCAGUAAUUAGUCCGGUGCCAAAUUUGCUUAUCUCUUGAGAAAAAAAUAUCUUUUAUUUAUUUCACAUGAGCUGGGCCGCGGCUGGGAAUUUUUUCAAAUUCCUUUAGGAAUUUUCAACUUCCUAACAUCAUAUUGUUGGUAUUGUUGAGUACAGGACGGUAUUCUUUUUCUGCGGUGUCCUUUUCUUCUAUUUAACUGGACUGCCACCUCUCGCCAAACACCGAAAAACCUUCCCACAAGCUCGACACUUAUUUUUUCAAAUGUGCCAGUAAUGUGAGACGGCGAAGAGCCUUGUAAAACCUUGUUCUCACCUAAAAGAGCCGACGCCGACCGGGUUUUGUGGUCGUAAAAAACACGUCGAUCUGUGGGAAUGCUCUAUCCCGAAAAGUUGAUCGAAUCGAAGGAAACGACAAACGAUGAUGAUGGUGGCCGCGCGGUCAGUUGGUUUGCAGGGACGAGAUGGCCUUGUUGUAAAGCGUGUACUACACAUGUCAAAGGCGAAGCGCCUGUCCAUUGCGUUAAUUUACGAGCUCGAAGGUUUUGAGAGCACAUCGGAGGUUUCGGAACGCUUUCCUCGUGCCGCGGGGAUUUAUCGCCGCUGGCAGGUAUCUCGAGGUGCACUUGUUCUGGAUUGUUGCGAUUUUAGAUGCGAUUCCAGUCCUUCCAACGGAAAGUCUAAUUUACUUCGAUUUGUUCUGACGAAUUAAUAAUCAAUAAACUGUACUGAAUAAAAAUCUCCUUUGGUUUUUUUGAAGCCUUUUUGCAGUAUAACUUUUUGAAAAGAAAGUUUUCUUAUUUUCUAGGAUCUCAAACGAAUAAAAAAAAAACUAAAUAAUGUUCGUUUUCAACUUCCGAUUGUUCAAAAAGAUCCUUGAACAUUUUCUUAUGAGUCGAUCUAAGUAUUUUACUUAUAUUUCUGUACUUUACCUUUGUGUAUUCUUGACUUUCUAAGUCCGAAACGAAAGCAGGUGCAAAGAAAUGGUCAUUUUGGAGUUCUAGCUCAAUCCAGCUUUCCCAAUUUGAUUUAAUUUCACAUUCAUAAGAAAGCUCUUAAAUUCAGAAUAUGACUAGAUUCUAUUUGAACUCAAUUUUCUCAAAUUACGGUUUUGAGGGAUUUUACAGGUUGAAAAAACCUUGAAGAACUAUAAUUUUCAUUUGAUAUUGCCGUUUUACAGUCUUCCAACAAAAAUGAUUCUGAGUGCAGUGGACUUGUUCCUGAACCUUUCUUACUCUCAGCUAAAUGCGGGAGUUUCAAAUCGCCGUGCUAUGAACGGUUGACGAAGGACAAUGGGCUGCGAUUUAUGCGGCUUGCGAUAAGCCUAUAAUGAGAGACGUUUUGCGCGUGGACCGACCUCAGUCUGCUCGCAUAAGCCGCGGUUUUCGAACCUGAUGAGAGAGAGAAGAGUUCGGCUUGAUUAGUUCAAUCAUAAUUGAGAGGUGUCCAUGACGGAGAACACAUGCAAUUUCGCCUCAGCGCGGAGCAGAAACCUCGCUCGGAUUUCAGCAAGUGGCCACUGUCCACGUAUCGCUUUUCGCCAUGUAAACAAGUUUGGCGUGUAACUUAAUCCUCCGGUUUUAGCUUAUUGGAGAGUUUCGUGAGGAUUUGAAGCAUGAGAAGAAGUAGCCGCGUUAGUGGUGUUCUACAAAUAAGUGCCUAGGUGACUUUUCGCGAUUUUCUUCAGCAGUUUUUUGAGGAUUCGAAUAUUUGGGAUAAUUUACUACAAAAGUAAUUCUCGGUGGCUUAUGAGAAAUGCUUUUUUCUUUCGACUUUUUUUUAAAUAUUGUGCUGACAAUGGUCGCUACACUUUUUGAAAGUGCUCCUCAAGACUAAGUGGCUCAAAAUGCUCUCAAUUUGGGUGCACGGCUCUUUCUAUGACCGUUUAUGGCACCUAUAUAUCCUUGAGAUUAACCUUUCUGAGGAACUCCAUACCGCCUUUUGACCCUUUUUGCGGCUUUUUAUGGCUUUGUCGUAAAAUUGCACGGCGGGAUGUCUGGAGCACCUUUUGAAGUUUUUGUUGGGGCCAACAAAUCCAUUAAUAUUUCGACAAGCGAUAAGUCAUAAGGAUAAGACACCUGUGGCACGUUUUUUGGGAGGAAAAGUCUCGCGCACAAGUGCCGCCGCCGCUGUCGCCGUCAAUCCCACUAAUCUCCUGUCAUUAGAGGAGCCUUUUGGCGGUCCGCUAAAUGUUCAAUCGCUUUUGAUAGAUUCAUUUUUUUUUUAGUUUUUCGAUCGAUAGACUUAAUUUGUGAGUUUUGUGCCCAAGUUGAAGACGUGAGGGCCGUGCCGCACCUUGUUUGCAUUACAGUUGUUGUGUUUGUGUUGCUACGAUGUUUGGGAGCAGAUUAGGUGGAUGUUCUUCGGCUGAGAGCCUCCCUAAAAGGUGAAGGAGUGCACCGCUUACACGAAGAGACACUCCAAAAAUGGCGCUUCUUGUUUUGAUAAAUGGUGGUUAUUUUUCUGUAAGAAGUUAAACAUUUUUGAUGAAGUCCUAAUCAAGAAAAAAAAAUCACUAUAGUCUUGGAGAAGUUUUUUUUAGACUUUUUACCUUGAAAGUAUCUCCACGGUUAGCGAGACACAAGAUAUCAAACAUCUUUCGGAUUUUUAAACGUAUUGCUUUUGCGGUUCAUAGUCAGUAGCAUAGAAUCCACGGAUGCUUAGCUUCUUCGUCAAGUAUUAGGCUUCUUGCUCUUAAUAGGAUGUUCCAUUUGACUCCGCUCUUCUUCCGUUAGUCUGCGCUAGCAAAAAAGAACUGGAGAAAUAUGAUGUGGUCCAACAGGUGAGCACAAUUAGUCCUGCCAUCGCAUUCCGAAUGUGAUACCUGGAAUUUCGUAAAUGGGCGCAGGUGCCGAGCACAAGUUACUCAACGCAGCGGCCCUGCCAUACGAGACCAGGUGGCGUCUGUUCGUCUGUUCUGUCAAGGCCGAGACUGUCGACUUCCUGUCCCUUGUUCUUGGUGCCAGUGGGUGGCCUUCUUGACAUCCGACUUGAAUUCCGAAGACGACAGCUGAAAAGUGUGGAAUUUGAAGGGCCCUGUCAAAUUCAGAAACAGUAUGAAGACCGGCUGAAGAGCUUGAUUGAGUCUGGUCACUCUGAGCCCUUGUAGGUUUUAAAGCAUCUGAGGAGCUAGAUUGACCAAAGUUUCCGAACGCUUUUCUUGUUUAAAAUAUUUUGCCAAGAGAAUUUUUUUUUCUUUUUGAAAUCAAAAAAAGGUCUUAGUUCGAAGCCAUUUUGGGUCUUUUUUACUUCUGGGCCGUACCACAAAUCCUACUACUUGAUAACUGAGAUCCAAGCUGUAGAGAAAUUCUGUUUGAUACAAAGCAAGGUUGCUGGAGAAUGACAAGUUGCUCGCAAAAAACAGAUGAAACGGCACCUGUUGGCCUGCGGAUCCUUGAUCCGACAGACAUGUUUAUGACAUAACUGUCCAAACGGACGCAGCAGUCGGUUGUUCUUGCGGUUUUAGUUGAGCGGUGGCGGCUGAGGGAGCGGCACGGAUCAAGGGGUUGCACUUAACCUCGCGUAUCCUUCCUUUCUCAUCCCCGGCGGUCAACUAUCUACUUCUCUCUCACUGAAUCCAUCCAAAUCUUUCCUCUCCUUGUUCGGCAACACUUUGUCAAAACGGCUGUGUUUGUGUGGCGCAACACAUUUCCCGCCGAACAAUUUCCGAGUGUCAUAAACCGAUCGCACUUCUGAAACAUGAGUACUGUAUAUUUUUGAAUAGAUGUCAGGAAGAGGAGAAACAACAUAUUAUUUAUAAAAACUGAUUUUGGGAACAGAAAUAGAGAAACUAUGAUUUCUAUGCAAUUUCCGAGGACAUCCGCUACAUGAAUUAAUUUUUUUCAAAGGUCGAUAAAUUUUAUUUUUCUGCAGUUAUUUGUUUAAAUUUUCAGAAGAAAACCUGAAAAUUCGAAUUUAGAUCAAGCUAUUGAACUAAAAACUUUUUUGAUUCCCUUGAACAUUAAAUUUAAACUUUUGACCUCGAAGAGAGUCUAACACUUUAUUUUCCCGUUGAGCUUCUUCGUGUGAUAACGAAGCGAAAUCGUCUCAUCCCAAAACUUGGUCAAUGAAUUAAGCACACUCAAAUUGUUGUGACGAUUUGCCGUGGCGCGCAACAUUCGUCGACAAUUAGCCAUCUAAAUGAGAGUACUUGACCACUUCUGCUCACGAAAUUCAAUUAUCGAAAAGCCCCAAUGAAGACGGACGUUUUCCUGUUUUUGAGCGACGUCAAAGCCGAAAAUCGAAGAGAUUCCAGGCCAAUUCAGUGCAGAUUUCGGGGUGACGCAACCCAGGUGCAAGGGAUCAGCUGCGUCGGUCAACCGGCGCCUUAUUUUUUAUCCUUUUUUGGUUGUCUUAAAUAGAUGCCACAACAAAACUGAGAAAAUUCGGACAAAAAAGUUUUGAAAAAAAGGCUCAAUGAAUUGGUUUUUUUAAAAUCAAUAAUUAGGCUAAUAAAAAAACUGAAUUUUUUUUUUUUUUUUGGGCGAAACAGCAAGAAGGCGUAAAAAAACAAAUUUAGAAAAAAGAAAGCUUUAAAAUUAGCCGUUGAGCGUCUUUGUCGCCUCAUUUUUUUAUUUCUAUUUUUCCUCGAUUAUUUGGGCAUGCGCGUCGCCCAGCAUUGUGCAGUCAACCGGAAGCGAAACUGUAACGGUUACGUCAACUUGGAUACCAAUAUAUAUUUCUGGCCAGAUGCCCUGCGUAUCGUAUCGCGUCAAUCUUGAUCUGCCAAAUUAAUUUGAUUCGAGUUUGAGGGUUAAAAAUCAAAAAAACUUUGACUUCAAUUCGAACUAUUGCAUCUUCAUAAAAAAAAGUCAUAUCGUUCAUCACUCAGCCGAAAAAGGGCAAUAUUCAAUGACACCUCGGUGUUGGUGGCAAUGUAUACGUGGAUCUUCACAAUGCGGCUGUCGGCAUGGCAGAGGAACACAUUAUCGUGGGUUCGCAAAUGGUUUUGCCGACGACGACGGCCCAUUUUCGCUCAUUUCGCGUUUUGGCGGGUCGCUGAAAUGAAUGAACGAAAUCGAGCUAGCCCCAAAAUGGAACGACUAUUGUCAAGAAGGGAUCAACAUGCGUGUUACUGUAUGCACGGACCUUUUUGAAUUAUUCAUCCGUUUUUCGUCCCUUUGUGCUUCCCUCUCGUCGGACAGACAAGGAGCACAUCUGACAUAUCGGCGUGACAGUUCCUCUUUUUUGAAUAGAUGAAUGGAUCAAAAAAAAGAACGAAUGAAAAGAAUGAAUGAACCAGGAUGUUUUUGGCCCUUUUGUUGGACCUUUUUGUGUGGUUUGGAGCUUUUUUGGCUACUUUUAGCAAAAAUUAACUUCGGGUAUACAAUUUUUUUGAACGGGAAUGUUUUUUUUUUAAAUGGGAAAUGUUUUUUUUAUUCACGGGUGGCCGACUAAUAAAACUGUAAACUGAAGCAUCUUGAAAAAAAUUGUUUGAUUACUGUGAUUAUUACCUGAUUACUUUCAAAUUUUCAAGAUUUUUUCAAGGAACAAUUUCAGAGUUGAACGGUACGCGGCGAUCGGCGACACACUGGACAUCCUGUGCCCGACGUUCGACGACGACGUUCCAGUUGACGCCACGGAACAGGCGAUCAUCUACCGCGUCACUGAGGAGGAGUACGAGACUUGUCAGAAGAGGUCGACGGCCAAGGAGUUGGGCCGCUGCACGACGCCCUACGGCAGGGACAAGAUCAAGGUGAGCAGCGAAGAAUAGUGUAUUCACCACUGGCUUGAGGCGUGAUAUCAUGUUUUUCCGUUCGAAUUUUUCCUUUGGCGUAUGCUCACUCCAAUUGAAUUUUCCAUGUGCUUUUAUAGAGACGUUAGAAUCUUUGAACUAUUAGGGAACGUUCCGAAUCAAUAAAAUGGUAUCUUCGAUAGAAAAUUUUUAUUGAAAAAAAUAUUUAAGUUUGAGUAUAUGUUUGAAUUUUCUGAGUCUCUGGAAAAAAGUACAUCCGAAUUUUCAGAAGUUACAACCGAAAUUAGAUAUUUACCAUUUGUCUUUCGAAAUUAAUAAUUAUCUGAAAAAGUAGGACACUCAAUAGAUCCCAGAAAAAUAGAGCAUCCACAGCGAUAAAUUCUACCGCACAGUUGACAAUUAGUGUGGCGGACCGCACUUUGAAUAAUUUUACCUGUCGUUUUUCAUUUGCAGGUGGCAUUCCGCGUCCUGAGCCCCAAUCCGUCCGGCCUCACCUACCGUACCGGCACCACUUACUAUUUCAUUUGUGCGUACUUUUUUUUCGCUCUUGUGAAAAACCUAAUUGCCAUCCAUUUUUCACCUUGGAAUUGGGACAUUUUCGUUGGUUUGAGGCCGUUUUUCACAAUUUUUAUGGGAGUUACCAGGGAGCCUGUGAUGUUCCUCUUGAAUGGAAUACAGGUUUUGGAGGCUGAAAAUAGGGUUCCGACUAAAAAACAAACUUUGCUAGGGAUCUUUUGGAACGGUGGCUUUUCUAGUUGUUGGAGUUCUUCUAUCUGAAUUUGAUACGAAAAAAAUCUUAGUAGAAAUAUUAAAUUUACGAAAAAUUAAGAAAAGAAAAAUAAAUUUAGGGAAUAAAAAAAUUUUGAGAAGUUAUCGGAUUGCAUUUUUGGCGCAAUCAGGUCGUUCUGAUUCAUUUUAAUAAUUUUUGGGAUACAUCUGCUCAUUUUUAGCCACAUCGACGGGACCAGAAAACGGUCUGUACAACGAGCAAGGAGGUCUCUGCGCCAGCCACAACUUGAAAAUGGUCAUACACGUGACGGAUAAGAAUGGAGACAUUGCAGGUGGAUUUUUCACCAAGAAAAUUUGAGUUAGAAAUUUUAGAUUUAUCGAAAAAAAUUUCAAACUAGAUUUACGUCGAUUUUUUUUUAGGCCUUCUCAUUUCCAAACGAAAGUAUUCAUGUUCCCAGGUCACUCACGUCGACACCAUCAUCACAAGACGAGCUCCACCUCGACGACGACUACAGAAGAACCGGCAACGGCGCCUCCUCUGGUUCCCUUCCGGCCUUACCGACCGACGGCGUCGGCGGCGAAGCUCGAGUCGGAUUCGGACUCCAACGAGCACGCUCUCUUCAGCAACUUCUACGAGAAGGUGCUGCCGAUGGAGAACGGCUGGAGAGAGCCUACCCGAGCGCAGAGAGUCACUCUGGGUGCAGGUCCCGAAGCCGGUGGCGAGAAAAACUCGGAGUACGAGGCGACGCCAGACGGCAAUCAAUUCCACUUUAUCAUUCAUGAUAUUGGUGAAGGUUCGUUCCAAAAAACAAAUAUUAUAAAUUUAUCCGCGAAAAGUUAUUUUUUCUUUGCCCUAUUUUGUUCUGAAUGUUAUUAUUACCUGAGUCUAUCUAAAGAGCGAAAAAAAAUGGACAUUAACAGAAAAAAAAACUAAAUAAAUCUUUCUCUAUUUUUAGAAAUAAUGUAGCGCCUACCCAUUAAUUUAUUGAAAGAUAGAACGUUCCGAAAGGAAAGCCUUGGAAAGAUGAAAGCAAAAAACUCCCAAAAGAAACUGAUCUCACAGAAACCGAAAAUUAGUCAUCCUCAGGACGAGUUGAGAAUAAAAAAUCAAAUAAAUUAUCCCAUUCAACUAGUCGGCUUCAGCCAACAAUUGAUUUUACAGUUGAAUCGCUGUACGCGUCAAGUUCACUUCGGUCACUUUCGUCAGUAUUGCUCACGUUUGCCGUUGUUUUACUCUUGAGGCUCGACUAA